UCUAAUUGGGCCUUUAGUUUUUAGUUUUCUGAACAGACAUGUUGAAGAAUUUUUUCGUAAUUGUUAUUAUAUUGUCGGCUGUGAGCUUUUUUUAUGGAGUUUAUAAUAUCAAUGUUGAAGUUGAACAAAAUGCCUGUCAAAUGACUUAUAUGUUUGAAAAGCCUCAAUUUUCGAGGGUUUAUUUUAGCGAUAAUGAAUAUUUUCCUCAUUACGGACUGUAUUACUACAAUGAAGGAAGAAUACCGAAGGAUGUGGAAACAAUUCAUUUGAAUGGUGCACCAGUAAUUUUUGUCCCAGGAAAUGGAGGGUCUUACAAACAAGUGCGUUCUCUGGCAUCUGUUGCAUUGAGAAAGAGGAGAGGGAAUGCAGCUGACGUUCAUUUGGAUUAUUUCACUAUUGACUUCAAGGAAGAACUUUCGGCACUUUAUGGCAACUACUUAGAAAGACAAACAAUAUAUUUAAAAGCUUGCAUAAAGGCUGUAUUAAAAAUGUAUGCGAAUAAUAAAAUAGCGGAAAGAGAAGUGGUAAUAAUCGGCCAUUCCAUGGGUGCUGUAGUAGCCUAUGCAGUCCUAAGAGACGUUGAAAUUUCGAAAUACAUAAACACAAUAAUUUCUUUGUCUGCGCCUAUAAAAAAACCUCUCAUAAUUGUUGAUAAAAAAAUUGAUGAAUUUUACAAAAAUAUAACUGAUUAUAUGUCCAAUGCGCGCUCUUCCUUUAAACCAAAUGAAAAUACAAAUUUUUGUUCAACUACAUCUAGUCGCAAUCUACUGAAUCAUCAUUUCGAUUAUACUGACUCCAUUCUAAAAAAUGUAUUGCUUAUCUCCAUUGGCGGUGGAAAUCGUGAUUUACUUGUGCAACCUGGUCUUACUAUUUCAACAUUUAGCGAUUUACAUUCUAUGACUAUGUCAAUACCUAAAGUAUGGAUUAGCUGUGACCAUUUGUCGGCAGUUUGGUGCCUUCAGCUCAUGCUUGUAAUUAACAGAUAUAUGUUUGACAUCUCUACUCGAGACGCUUACAAUUACGUGUAUUUCAUUAAAGACCGAAUACUCCGUGAACAAGUUGCAGUUAAUCACUUUGUGAAACCGAACAUAUUGCUACCUAAAGAAAUCAACAUUGAGCAGAAAGCUAAAAAUAAAACCAUUUGGAGUGAGGACUCGCGAAGAAGCUUUUCGAAAGGAUUUAGAGAAGGACCUAGAAGUAACUUUAUUCAACUGAUUCCUUUGUGGAAACACAAACACUAUCAUAAGUUAUAUGUUAAUGUACUUCACCUGGAUCAUGGCGACUUCUUGUUUGGAUGUUCGGUAAAGUCAACAAGAAAUGAAAACAUGUUCUGUAAGGAUGGAAUUUCGCUUUCUCACCAUUUUCAAACAUUACCAUCGCCUAAAAAUCAACUGCGUUCUGUGGCAAUACUUGAUAUUAACAAUUUAAGAAAUACAUAUGCCAACUGGAGCCAUAUUGGUUUAUUCGUCCAUGCAACUCGGGCGCCGACGUUUUACAGCAUAGAUAUACAUAAUCCUAAGGAGAGGCAAAUUUAUCUUAAAGUACCCCGUUGGUCGACUCUUCAAAAAACGAGUUUGGUAAAUGAAAGCGUCCAAGGCACAUUAUAUUUCAAAAUCUUUAUACAAGGUCUGGAAGAAACAUAUCCAACUAUUGAAUUGAGAGUAGAGCCAUUAACUUGUAUGGGUGAUCUGAAACCCAUUAUCAUUAAAAUGUGCAUACCCUGGGCCCCAGGAUUUACUAAAUAUCAAACCCUUCUAGACCCAUCAGCUGAUUUCUUUUAUGUAAAUGUUCCUGUCUCCAGCCCGAUUGGCUAUAAUUCAUCAAGGAAUCCUAUUUCAUUAGAAAUAUUUUUGGAUUCAUCCUGUCGAUAUCAUAUAAGUUAUAAAUUUUCCGUUGCCGGUACAAUGUCAAAAGUCGUGCAACAGUUUUAUCAAUGGAUACCGUCGCAUCUGACAGCUGUCAUGCUAAUUAUACUAAAGAAUCAAAUAUGGCACUUCGGAUGCGAAUCACACGAAUCACGAGGGUUUCAACCUUUCUAUGGCUUCUUUCAAUAUUCUUCGCUAUACAUUAUUACUGGUUGUCGUAUCCUCGGUAAACUACUAACGCGAAAUGAAAGCAUCGACACAGUUCGCGGACUUUCUUUUUAUUUGGUUAUAAUUAUUCACAGUACUGCUAUCGUAUCAUCAAUACUUGCUGUUUCCUUAAUUUGGAUUUUAACAAUUGUUAAUGCGAAUGGACUUUCGAGAAUGUUUAAUUGGUGUUUACUAAGAUUAGAACCUACAGCAAAUAAUUUGCCGGUGUUAUUUGGUACUUUCAUUAUUUCGCUGGCAAUAAAGACAUGUGGAGGACUAGCACUAGUCGUUACGUGCAUUUUAUAUUUUUGUUUGAUAUCAAACGCAUAUAGAGACCACACAGAAAAUUGGAUAUUAAAGACUGCAAUAUCACUGCACAAAAAAGCUCGGUGUGUUAAUGGUAAUCGAGGUUGUACAAGUUUAUCAUGCGAGAGGCAGAAUCAUACGAAUUUAAUCCGAUGUGAAGGAAUGAAUAACUUCUCCUUUCACCUCACAUUGUUCAUUUUGCUUUGUAUUAUGACUGCUUUGAACUUCAUGAGUCUUGUGGCUUGGAUGAAGGAUAAGAGCAUUGAAAGAUAUGGAGACGACUCAUCUCUAAUACCAUCUUUAAUCGUUAUCUCCUCGUUAAUCGUUUUGUGGCUGUUAAAAGCGCCAAGGAAAAUCUCUUCAUUCGGGAUUUGCUAUAAGGCAGUUUCUAUACUUUUGUACGUAAGUGCUUCAUCCUGCAUCAUUUACUGUCAAGAGGCAUUGUAUCAACUGAACUUCAUAAUAGUUAUUGUUUUUGUACUUCUUGGCGCUCAAGAACUAUUAGGCCAAGGUUGGGAAUAUUUUGUAUUGAACACAAGAAAAAACAAAUAAAAUGUAUUAUAAUAAAAA